CCGUAGCACACACACGGCGCCUGUUUUGAGCAUGCGCACUUCGUUCCUCCAGCUGAGUUAUACGCGUGUGUAUCAAUCACAUUUCGGAAAAAGUCGGUUUCAAAAACACACCAUUGUAAAAAUACAAAUUGUAUUUUCACCACCAUGGGAGGACAAGCAAAGGGAAAAAAGAAAAGCAAGCCGAAGAAGAAAGACAACCGCCGAAACAACGCAGGAUUUGUUGGAUUGUCACCCCAAGAAAGGAUGAAACUAAGAGUACACGAAAAAGCCAAGAAGAAGACAGCUGAGAAGUACUCCGUGGAACAGCUACUCGAAAAGACGGAGGAAUACAUGGACAGUUUUGACUUUGAGAUGGCUGGCCUUUUCUGUCAACGAGCCCUGGAUGUGGAGUCAACCAACCUGCAAGCUCUAGACAUGCAGGGACACAUCUGCUCUGAACUGGGAGACACGCAGAAAGCCAAAGGAGCUUUUCUGCGUGCUGUGGAGCUGAGCCCAGAUGUUGGCCACAGUAAGUACAUGUACCUUGGGCAAAGCCACACAGGCCAGGAGGCAGUGGACUACUACACUAAAGGAAUACAAGUCCUCCUGUCCACAUUGGAGAAAAACGCACAGGCCCCUGCUGAAGCCGGAGCUGCUGUCCCCCACGGAGUGAACACUGAGCUCCCCACAGCGAAGGAUGUGUGUAUAGCCUACUGCUCGAUGGCUGAGAUUUACCUAACAGACCUCUGCAUGGAAGAGGGAGCUGCAGACAAGUGCAAAGAGUUUAUUGAGCGUGCAUUACAGUAUCACCAUGACAACCCUGAGGCUCUACAGCUCAUGGCAAGUUACCUGUUCAGUACAGAGAGAAACCAGGAAGGCAAAGAAUACCUGUUGAAGAGUGUUGGAUUGUGGUUGCCUGCCCAGAAACAAAGUGCAGCUUCUUUCAGCACAGAGGAAGACAUGCAGGAUGACAUCCCACCGUACGAGUCUCGCGUCACGACAGCCAAACUGCUCAUCGAGACGGAGGAAUACGAGAUGGCGGUGGAUGUGUUGGAGGGCCUUCUGGAGGAGGAUGAUGAAGUAGUCCAGGUGUGGUAUCUCUCCGGCUGGGUGUGCCACCUCCAGUUGGAAAAGGCGAAGGAGCAGCAAGAAAGAGACGGCAGAGACGUGACGGAGGUGGAGGCAGAGGAGUGGAAGGCGUUGAAGGAGGCGGCCCGAUCAUACCUGACCAACGCUAAGAAGCUGUACAGUAAGUUGCGAUGUGAUGACCAGCCAAUGUUGGAGCACGUGGAGCAGCUGCUGGGCGAGCUGGGAGGAGAGCUGGCAGGAGAGGAGGGAGACGCACCCUUGAAUGAAGACUAUGAACCCUGUAGUGAUGAUGAUGAGGAGGAGGAGGAGGGCGACGACGUAGAGGCCCCCAUGGAACACUGACAACAGCCCCUGUGAUUUCCCUUCUCCCAAUGAGAACGCCUCCCUCUAGUCAAAAUGUUCUCAUGCGCUCUAUAAGUGUCUUUUGUAUUGACUGUCCUUUCCCGCCAGUUUAUCAAAGAUUACAUCUGAAAUCAAGUGAGAUGCACAAAGGAGCGACGUUAAUAGCAGAAGUCUACUCAAUCUCUUUCAGUGAGUUUUUGAAUGCUUUUGAUGAAAUGAAUGCAUACUAGUUACGCUUCCCUUAAUCGCCAUGAUAGAUGUUUUACUUCUUACCAGUUUGCCUCUCAUAACACACCCACACAUUUGACUCGAACAAACAAACAAACAUACAUGGCAGUUGUGCGCACACACACAAAUACAAAAGCGUCACGUUAAUUACUUCAGCUCAUCCUCAAAACAACAGCAACAGUGUUUCCCUCUCAGACAACAUGUCAACAGGAAGUAAACCUCAUUAGAGAAUUGUGUCUGCUAACAAUCAACACUGCCUUUACAUGUAAUAGUAAAAAUAUUCCAAGUUGAUAUACAGGUCUGGAACUCAAUGCCAUUCAGUUUGCACUCCCGCUUUGCUCCCUUUUUAUUUUUGUUAAAUCAUUGGAUUCAACCAGACGAGACAUAAAAGACAGAAUUUGACAUGCAUCAAGAUUCUUUCUGUCUUCAAAGUGGCUGUCAAAGCCUUUCAACAGGAGAAAGGGGCAACUGUUUUUCUUUUCAACUAGAUUUCACAUCGCAGCUUUUUAAAAGUCUCCGGCGCGGCUACGUUACUUAACGACAUGGGUGGUGUAAUGGCACGACAGAUGAUUUUUACUACUAUUUUUUUACAAUUGAAUGGUGAAGGGUGGUAGAACAGAACAGAUCAAAUCUUCUUUGGAAGGUUAGAAAGUCAUUAGAAAAACAUGUUUAACCCUAAAGGCAAAGAAGGCAAAAAAAUGUUUUUUUCAAAAGGAUGUUCAUGGGAUGAAAAAAAUGAGCCACAAUAUGUCAGACUGAAAAUAUCUAAAACCUACAGUGUGACAAUAGUUUUCCACAUUACAACACCUAAUAUCUCUGAAUCUUUCCAGUUAACUCUGAAAACUGGGAUUGAAUAGCCCAAUUUCCUCAGUAUUAAAAAUAUUUGCAAAAAAAAUAUAUAUAUAUAUAACAGUUUGUUACUUUUCUCGAGUCCUGAUAUAUUUAUAGAGCAAAUCCAUGUGUGCGCACAUAUACCCCAGUGUGUCUCAAUGCAACGUGCCUGUUAACAAACACCACAGGCAUCCACUGCUGCACGGCUCCUUUGAAGAAUUUUAUAACCAGUAAAUGGGAACGUUAUCUGAGAUCCUGCUCCUGAUAGCGACCCGGCUGCAAGCUAGAAAACCAGUUUGGGAACACAGGGGUUCAGAUACCUUGAUCUGAUUGUGUAUGUUUGUGUUUAAGGAGUGUUAAAUAAAACUCAGGAGAAACAACAGA